GCCGUAGUCAGCCGCAUUCCGUAUUCCAGUCGCUGAUUUGGCCGCCAAACAAACGCAUCGCAGCUCUCGUCUUGACGGAAAAGCACGUUGCUUUCAAGCCAAAAACACAAAAAGUUACAAGAACAGGGCCAACACGCGCUAACGGUCUCUCGAACAACAACAAAACAAAAAACAACAAAAAAAUAAUAAAUUCUUAAAAAAAAAACACAAAUUUGAAAUCGAAAAAAAAAAUUGCAAAAAAUAUUUUCUUAAUUUUUUUGAAAGUUUCCUUUUUUUUUUUGGAACAAAAAAACAAAUUUAAAAACAAAAAUAGUUAACAAAGAAUUUUUUUGGUGGAAACACAAAGGAGCGAAUUUUUAAAGCAUAUUAAAAUACUUAUGAGAAAGUUUUCAAAAUAAAUCGCAUAAAUAUAUAUAGUAUUAAAAAAAGAAGAACUUUAGCCACUAAAAGGCAAUAACAGUCAAUUGCUAAAUCAGAGCGCCAGAGCCAGUCAGAAAAUCAAGUAACGAACGCCAGUCAGGAGCGCCAAGCAGGAACAAAAUGGGAAAAAAGAGCUCCAAGUUGAAACAGGAUACCAUUGAUCGCUUAACAACGGACACAUACUUCACAGAGAAAGAAAUACGUCAAUGGCACAAAGGCUUCCUGAAAGACUGUCCCAAUGGUCUGCUCACAGAGCAGGGCUUCAUCAAAAUCUACAAACAAUUCUUUCCACAAGGCGAUCCAAGCAAAUUCGCUUCUCUGGUCUUUCGUGUCUUCGAUGAGAACAACGACGGCUCCAUUGAGUUCGAGGAGUUCAUCCGCGCCUUAUCCGUCACAUCGAAGGGCAACCUGGACGAGAAACUGCAAUGGGCCUUCCGUCUCUAUGAUGUGGACAAUGAUGGCUAUAUAACGCGGGAGGAGAUGUACAACAUAGUGGAUGCAAUCUAUCAGAUGGUGGGCCAGCAGCCACAGUCGGAGGACGAGAACACGCCACAGAAGCGGGUCGACAAGAUCUUCGAUCAGAUGGACAAGAACCACGACGGAAAAUUAACAUUAGAAGAAUUUCGUGAGGGUAGUAAAGCUGAUCCACGUAUAGUUCAGGCGUUAAGUUUAGGUGGUGGUUAAAUCGAUUAACUAAAAUGCCCGAUAACCGAUAACAGACCCAAAAAAAAAAACAACACAAAAAAGCGCGCAAUAAACCAAAGUCAAAGACAACAAUUUUUGAUCCAAACUCCGAAAUGGAAACAACAAAAAAAAACAAAAUCCAAAAACUUUAUUCAAAAAAAAAACAAACGGUCUGAGGGAAAAUAAAAUUUCCUUCUAAUUUUCUUCAAAAAAAAAAAAAUAAAACUCAAACUAUUUCUUCUCUUUACGCUUUUCUCGAUUCCCCGAUUUUCGAUUCUCGAUUCUCCGCGCGUCCAUUGCGACACUGAAGAUGAUAAUAAUUUUUUGAUAUAUGCGAUAACGAUUAACGAUUAACGAGUAACGAGUAACGAUUAACGAGUAACUAAAACGAGAAGGAUUAUUCCAAAAGAAAGAAAGAAAACGAAAUAUGAGAUUAAUUUUUAAAUAUACACCAGAUUAUAAAUUAUAUAGGAAAUCGAAGCGCAGUUCAUAGCAAUAAAUGGAAGAAAAAAAAUAAAUUAAUUAUUAUAAAAAUAAUAAAAAAUAAAAAGAGAAAAGAAAGAAAGAAAAAUCGAAAAAAGAAAUCGAAAUGCGUGAAGCGCAAAUCAAUUUUUGAAGAAUACACCAAUUACAAGUAAACUAAAAAAAAUAAAAAACAAACAAAAAAUCUACGAAUAAAUCAGCAUAAUUAUACUAAAUAAUUAAACAAAAAAAAAAAUGAGAAAAAAUACAAUUUAGAGCUGAGAACUAAAGCCUACGAAUCAAUUGCGCUGCGCAGCCUUUGGCCCGAACUCGAAUCAUCAGCCAACUAUAUAUUAUAUAUCCACACUUGAUAUAUGAUAUAUAUAUUCGAUAUAUACUAUAUCUAGAGGGGGGUCUAUUUUUUUUUCUAGGGGGAGGGAAAAAAAGGACUUUUACGACAAGUCUCUCUCAGUUUCCAGCUUAACCUAAAAAAAAUUAUGAUUUUCAAUUAAAAUACUAUUUUUUUAACUUCUAAGUCUAGUUCUCCAGUCUCUUUCUAAGCUUCUAUUGCUAUCUCUCUCUCUCUCUCUAUCUCUCUCUGUCUAUCUCUAUCUAUAUUUCCUGCUUUGCCUUGUUUUGCAUUAACCGUUAUACAAUAACAACAAAACCAAACAACACGAACAAACAUGUAUGCGAUAUAUAUCGUUAAUAGGCAGAGCAGGAUUCAAAGGAUAACGAGAAGGAUAAUUUAGUAUUUUUUUUUUAGUCCCCUCCAAAAACAAUAAAAACAACAGCAGUGUGACUUUGAAGUCCUUUAAUAAUUUAAAAAAAAAAAAACAAAAAAACAAAGAGAAAAAAACCAAUCAAAGAACGCACAGCAACUACAGUAAAAACUACAGUUAAAAAACCCCCUCCCUCAUCAUGGAGAAAAAUACCACAACAGUAAACAUCCCAACAACAACAAAAACAUAUACAACAAAAAAAAAAAAAAAAUUCCCCCCAGGAUACAGGAUUGGGAGGAUCAGAGGCAGAGUCUAGAGAAAUAUAUAUAUAUAUAUAACCAAGAAAAACAAAUCCAUCAUACGAUUUAAUUUCUAUUCUAUAUGCGGUUCAGCUUUAUUAUUGCAUUGAUUUUUCUAUAAAUACCAAAUCAACUACCGUUUUUACUAUUCCGAUAUUCCGAUAACAACAUCUUAUAUAAUAGUACUAUAUAUAGUAGAAUCCACCCCGCUUGCUUAAGACCUACAAUAGAUCGAUGGUUUACGAUCUAAAAGCUAAUUCAGAGACACACUUCACAGACACCCAAAAUAUCCCAUACAUAUACUAGUAUAUUUUAUCGAUUAAUUGGUGAUGGAUUAGUAUUCUAUAACUAGGUCCAUCACUAAUUUAAGUAGCUGCCUUUGUAGAAUUGUUUCCUUUCCUUUUUCCUGAUUUUCGCCUGCUUUCUUGCUAUCUUCUGAUCUGAACUAUUAUCGAUAAUUAAUCGAUUAUUAUACUUUCCAUUUCUAAUCGAUAGUUGAACUCUUUUGUUUAUGUUUUUCACUAAUUCACACUAUGAAAAUUUUGAAAAAUUAAAAAAAAAUUUAAUAAAAAGCCAUUUGCAAGCCCCCUGCACACACACACAUACACUGACACAAAUAUAUACAUAUAUAUAUAUAUGUAUAUAUAUAUAUAUAUAUAUAUAUAACUAUAUGGUAAGCACUGCAAUCGAAAGCAAGUUAAGGAACUACAAUAUAACUACGAAACUAAAUACUAGAAAAGAAUACCAAAAAACGCUUCUAUAAACCUCACUGAAAUUCUUCGAAGAAAGCCACUUUGAACACUCUACUCUCAUACAUUGCAUAACACAUAACAUAACAUAUAUAUAUACAUCUAUAAUAUAUAUCUAUAUAUAUAUAAAGAUAUAUUAACAAUAAACGUAAUGCGAAAAUUAAUCAAUAAUUAAAUAAUUCGAAAGUGAUAUAGCUGACAAAACAAAUGUGUCUCUUGUAGUCUAGUAGUUAAUAAAAAAAGAAAUUAUGAAUAAUAUUAAAAAAAAAAAUGAAAAACAAAUACCAAAAACAAAAAAAUACUAUAUUGUAUGACGGAAGGAAGAUUUUUCGAAAUAACGGGAGAAAAAAAAUGCUAACAAAAUUUGUCAUCCCCAAAAAUUGUGUGUGAAAAUUUUUUUUUUUUUGUAAGGACGCGUCGUUAAAAUAACGGUUAAAAUGAAAUCAAACUGUAAAUAACACGAAGUGAAUCACGCACACACCACUAACAACAACAACAACAACAAUAACAAUACACACCAGCACACUUACCAAAACACUUACACUGAGAAAAAAAAUCUAUACCAUAUAAGUUUGUUAAACACCAAAGAUGAAGAAGAAGACGAAAAAAGAUUAAUAACGGGUCUUAAGUAAUAAAAACAAAA